CGCUCCUGGGGACUGCGCCUCCCAGAAGCCCCCGCGCGUCGUCCUCGUCGCCCUCCAGGCCGCUUCUCCCGCCGGAGUCCGGUGUUUGCUGCCGCCCCUAUUCGUCCACCGGCGCUUCCAUGCUGCCCGCCGCGCUGCUCCGCCGUCCCGGCCUGGGCCGCCUGGUCCGCCAGGUGCGCGCCUACGCCGAAGCUGCCGCUGCCUCGGCUCCCGCCGCCGGCCCGGGCCAGAUGUCCUUCACCUUCGCCUCUCCCACGCAGGUGUUCUUCAACGGUGCCAACGUGCGGCAGGUGGAUGUUCCCACGCUGACAGGAGCCUUUGGCAUCCUGGCGUCCCACGUGCCCACUCUACAGGUCCUGCGGCCGGGACUGGUUGUAGUCCACGCUGAAGAUGGCACCACGACUAAGUACUUUGUGAGCAGUGGAUCUGUCACAGUGAACGCCGACUCCUCCGUACAGUUACUGGCUGAAGAGGCUGUGACGCUGGACAUGUUGGACGUGGGGACUGCCAGGGCAAAUCUGGAGAAGGCGCAGUCGGAACUGUCCGGGACUACAGAUGAGGCCGCACGUGCAGAGAUCCAAAUCCGAAUCGAGGCCAACGAGGCCCUGGUGAAGGCCCUUGAGUAGGCGGUGCGUGCCCUUCAUCGCCAGGGAAACCUGAGGCCUGGCCAGGGACACCCCAGGGGCAGGUUGAGCCAGCUCCCGGGCCCGCCCCUUUGGGGCGUGGUCUGCAAAUCUUGGCUUCCAGCUUGCUGCGAUAGCCACCAGGGGGCAGUGCAGCGUGUCUUAGGCCCAGUCUUCAGGCCUGCUGGCCAAGGGGUCUGUCACCUGGCCGCGUGUCCUGACAGCCACCCACUACCCCCUGCCCUACAGAGCCUGCAUUGGAAACCUGCCUGCUCCAGCCACCUCCACAGAAGAGCUGCCCUGGUCCCCACCCCUCCAUUAAACACGGGGAAUCCUAA